UACGCACUUUGCGUAGCGAGAGGGGUUAUCUAAGGCCUGCUGCUAGGCCUUGAGCUAGCCUGUCCUAUGCCCUGGAGUGGGGGGGUGGUAGGUAGGGGCGAGGCCAAGGGAGAAAGAGAAGGAAAAUUGGGGCUGUUACAAUUUCUUUAAUAAGAGAGGAGAGGAGAGGCCAUGGCUGUCCCAGCUAAGAAGAGGAAGAUGAACUUCUCAGAGCGGGAGGUGGAGAUCAUCGUGGAGGAGCUGGAGCUGAAGAAGCACCUGCUGGUGAACCACUUCAACGCCGGGGUCCCCCUGGCUGCCAAGAGCGCAGCCUGGCAUGGCAUCCUGAGAAGGGUCAACGCUGUAGCCACCUGCCGCAGGGAGCUACCCGAGGUCAAGAAGAAGUGGUCUGACCUCAAGACCGAAGUCCGACGCAAGGUUGCCCAAGUCCGGGCUGCUGUGGAGGGUGGCGAGGCUCCAGGGCCCACUGAGGAGGAUGGAACUGGUGGGCCUGGGACAGGAGGUGGCAGUGGCGGCAGUGGCCCAGCGGUAGCCCCCGUACUGCUGACCCCCAUGCAACAACGCAUCUGCAACCUGUUGGGCGAGGCCACCAUCAUCAGUCUUCCCAGCACUGCAGAGAUCCACCCGGUGGCUCUCGGACCCACGGCCACUGCAGCCGCAGCCACGGUCACCCUGACACAGAUCCCCACUGAGACCACCUAUCACACACUGGAAGAGGGAGUGGUGGAGUACUGCACAGCGGAGGCUCCUGCGCCCCUGCCUGCAGAGGCCCCCAUGGAGAUGAUCGCCCAGCAUGGAGAUACAGACACGUCUGUUAAGCCGCAGGCGCUCAAGAGCCGCAUAGCCCUCAACUCUGCCAAGCUGAUCCAGGAGCAGCGGGUCACUAACCUGCAUGUCAAGGAGAUUGCCCAGCACCUGGAGCAGCAGAAUGACCUGCUGCAGAUGAUCCGACGCUCCCAGGAAGUGCAGGCCUGUGCCCAGGAGCGCCAGGCCCAGGCCAUGGAGGGUACCCAGGCAGCCCUGAGCGUCCUCAUCCAGGUCCUCCGGCCCAUGAUCAAAGAUUUCCGCCGCUACCUUCAGAGCAACACGCCCAACCCAACCCCAGCCUCUGAUCCUGGACAGGUGGCCCAGAAUGGGCAGCCAGACAGCAUCAUCCAGUAAGAGGAGGGGUUGAGCCAUCUUUCUGCUAUGAUUAGAUGAAACCUGCAUGGUCUUGUAAGUGGCUUCUCUGAUUGGCCUUAGAGAGCCAUGUGGACAGCUCCCUCUUUGAUAGACCUUUGGGGUCUGCUGUUCUGAGAAGAUGGAGACUGGGAAGAGGAGACAUGCUGGGCUCUUGAGAUGUGCACACCGUUACUCCACAAUAGGAACCAUCUUGCUAACAUCCAGUGGAUUGGUUAGCUGGGAGUCGUGUGCUGAGAUGGGACAUGUGUUGACAUGAGCCAGGGCUUAGGACCUGACCCAGACUUGGUCUAGGACAACUCUUACUAGGGGCCGUGUCACAGCCUGGGAUCUGUGUUGAGCUGCCCGACCCCAGGUGCCAUCUUUUUGAGUACCAACUGGCAGCGGUGCUGACAGUAGGGCAAUAACAUCUUCCUCCCUUGGGAGGCAGCGCCACUGAACCCAGAGAGGAAACCCUGCCUCUCUCUCCUUCUCACUGUGCCUCAGUUCUCAGGGGACUCUCCUCGCUUCUGUGCACUGACCCCAUUCCCCACCCCAGGCACAGCCCAGGAAUGCUGUGUGUGGUGGGACUGGGUUGGCCCCUCUCUGGUCUUCCACAGCAUCUCUGGUCAGCACUUUUUGGUUUGCCCCAGAGCAUUGACUUGGGUCAGACUUCGUGUGCUGUCAGUUUUAGAGAAAACCAACCAGUGGAGAAACUUGUCCUCCUACACUGCAGUGGAUUUUUCCAGAAGGCUUACUUCAAGCCAGUUGUAUUUAUUCUGUAUGUGGACCCCUUCUAGAAAGGCCUCCAAGAGAGGGACUCUGCAGCCCACUCUUUCUCCUUUCCUUUCUGCUGACCACAUUUCCAAAAUUCAGUGCAAAAAUCAGCCCUGCUCAGCAUCACAGUCUGGAUCCAGCCCUGCUCAGCAUCACAGUCCAGAUUCCUCUCCCUUGUCUCUUUAUUCAGUGCCUCCUGUUCUCCACACGUCCUCUGAUUGGCUGAGUGAAUUCAAAGCCAGGACUGACCUUGAGUGUAAGAAGUGGGACCAUUUGAAUUCUCUCCUUGGAGGAUCAGAGUCUUGGAGAGCUGAAGGAAGUGCUGUUCUACCUUUUAGCUUUUUCCAGGCUCUUGGCAGGAUUUCACCUAGACAGUAUUUGUCUCUUUCAUUUUUCAGACUUGCCAUUGAUCACAGAGGCCCUUACAUCUCCCUAGAUGGCGUCCCAAGUUUGACGUUCUGCUGCUGAUCCCUGGGCCACAUGUGAUCGUUGGGAACAACUCAUGGCUCCAGAUCUCAGCCAAACAGGAGGCCAUGCUGCCCUUCUGGGCGUACUAUAUGAUCACAGGAAGAUGCCGUCUGAAGACAGUUGGGAGGUGGCUGCCCCACCGUACCCCUCUUUAGGGAGGCCUGUGCGCAGUCAGCUAUGAGAAGUGGAGCUUGAUGGGGCUCACGGGUGGCAGAAGGAAAGCUCUUCCCAGCAUGGCUGGAAGGCAGCAACUCUGGUGACUUGGCCCCUUGCUCUGUGGUGCCUGAUGGUCCCAGCUGGGUAGCUUCAGGGACUUUCAAAGGAUUUGUGACAGAGUUUGAUUUUUCUCUGGGGUUAGAAAUCUGAGCCAACAUUGUGUCUAUUCUAUUUGGGUAUAAAGAGAAAGCCUGGAACACUUAAACUGACUCGUUCUU